AUGGCAAGCCAACCCCAAUCAGUGCACGAAUUCACUGUCAAGGAUGUUAAAGGGAACGAUGUUGAUCUCAGCAUUUACAAGGGAAAAGUUCUACUGAUUGUCAAUGUUGCAUCAAUGUGUGGCCUUGCUAAUUCAAAUUACACCGAGUUGACAGAAAUAUAUCAGAAGCACAAGGAUCAAGGUUUGGAGAUAUUGGCAUUUCCUUGUAAUCAGUUUGGAUCUCAAGAACCUGGCACCAAUGAAGAGAUUCUGCAGUUUGUUUGCACCCGCUUUAAGGCUGAGUAUCCUGUAUUUGACAAGGUUGAUGUAAAUGGUUCCAAUGCUGCGCCAAUAUACAAAUACCUGAAGUCAAGCAAAGGUGGGAUUUUUGGGGAUAGUAUCAAGUGGAACUUCUCCAAGUUCCUUGUUGACAAAGACGGCCAUGUUGUCGACCGCUAUGCUCCCACCACAUCUCCUCUUAGCAUCGAGAAGGAUAUAAAGAAGCUGCUGGAAAAGGUGUAG